AGGGAAACUAAAGGUCAGUUUCUCAUAGAUCACAUCUGCAACUAUUACAGCUUGCUGGAAAAAGACUAUUUUGGCAUUCGAUAUGUUGACCCUGAGAAGCAAAGGCACUGGCUUGAGCCCAACAAGUCCAUCUUCAAGCAAAUGAAAUCUCAUCCACCAUUUACCAUGUGCUUUAGAGUGAAAUUCUACCCACAUGAACCCCUGAAGAUUAAAGAAGAGCUCACCAGGUACCUCUUGUACUUACAAAUAAAAAGGGACAUUUUCCAUGGCCGUUUGCUGUGUUCUUUUUCUGAUGCUGCCUACCUGGGUGCCUGUAUUGUCCAAGCUGAGCUUGGUGAUUAUGAUCCUGAGGAACACCCAGAGAAUUACAUCAGCGACUUUAAGAUUUUUCCGAAGCAGUCACAAAAGCUCGAGAAGAAAAUAGCCGAAAUGCAUAAAAAUGAAUUCAGAGGUCAGAGCCCAGCUGUUGCUGAGUUUAAUUUGCUCCUGAAAGCAUAUUCUUUGGAAACUUAUGGUGUUGAUCCUCAUCCUUGCAAGGACUCAAUGGGGAUGACUACAUUUUUAGGAUUCACAGCUGCAGGAUUUGUAGUUUUCCAGGGGAAUAAAAGAAUUCAUUUGAUAAAAUGGUGUGAUGUCUAUAAACUGAAAUUUGAAGGGAAGACUUUUUAUGUGUUCGGAGCUCAGAAAGAGAAAAAGACUAUGCUGUCAUUCCACACCUCUACACCAGCAGCCUGCAAGCAUCUUUGGAAAUGUGGGGUGGAGAACCAGGCUUUUUACAAGUAUGCAAAAUCCAGUCAGAUCAAGACCAUGUCCAGCAGCAAGAUAUUUUUUAAAGGCAGUAGAUUUCGAUACAGCGGAAAAGUAGCCAAAGAGGUUGUGGAGGCAAGCUCUAAAAUCCAGAGGGUACCUCCUGAAGUUCACAGAACCAGCAUUACCCAGAGUCGCAGCUCUCCCGCCUUGAACAAGCAACUCAUAAUCAACAUGGAACCUCUACAGCCUCUUCUUCCUUCACCCUGUGAGGAGGAAGAGGUUCCUUUAGAUGAAGGUGUCCAACUGCCAAAGGAAGAUGAGAUUUCAGUGCCGGUGACCUCAAGCUCGCCAGUUAAGGACACUGGGGAGAAUGUUGACCUUGCCAUUGAACAGGAAGAGAAAAUGAAAGAAGAACCUUUAACCAUCUCAGAACUGGUAUACAAUCCUAGUGCCAGCAUGCUGCCCACUCCUGUUGAUGAUGAGAUUGACAUGCUCUUUGAUACCUCUCCAAGAGUAGAGCAUGAGAAAGAUGAUACAGAUUCAUUUGAGGAACUGGAAGCAGAUGAAAAUGCAUUUUUGAUUGCAGAGGAGGAAGAACUGAAAGAAGCUCGGAGAGCGCUUAGGUGGAGCUAUGACUUUCUAAUGGGCAACAUAGAGGUGAAUGCCUUUGUGAAGAGUUUCUCCAGACUUCUCUUUGUAGGCCUUGGACUGUUAUUGUUUGUGUUUCCUCUUCUCCUUGUUCUCUUGGAGUCGGACCUUCAAAUCUCUUUUCUCCAUGAAAUCCGUCAGACACCUGAGUUUCAGCAGUUUCAUAUUGAAUAUUACUGCCCCCUUAGGCAGUGGGUAGCUUGCAAAAUAAACUUCCUUCGUGACAUGCUGGGCAGCUUUUAA